AUGGCUACAUUAAGAGAACCACCACUUUCCCCUCCCCAGUCAUCCGGUGGCGAGCUCACUCCCGAGCUCGCUGCGGAUCUCAAUCGUGUCUGCAUUCCGAUCUAUAUUCCCAACGGCAUGGAACAUGUCAAGAUGGAUGAAUUUGGCGCUGGUUCGUCAUCAAUGACCUACGCAUCUUCUCCCUCCUACUUCCAACCUCACGGCUAUCCAACUCCCAUGCCCGCCUCAACUCCUCUACAGAUGCACAUGGGCCAUACUGUUGUUCACACCCCUCCUCCUGGAGUUGAUGACCCUAUGUCCAUGAUGGGAUCUCCCCCAGUUCAUUCCCCUUCAGGCCGUCGUGCUUCUCCCCCCAAAGCAAAACUCAGCAGAACUCCUCGGGAACGCAACAAUCGUGCUCGAAGAGGAACCACCACGAAGAAUGACCCCCCCCUCAGCGCGCCGCUGAGCGAGCUGACCGCGCAUUUGACCAAUGUCCCACUCCGGGAUAUGGAUGCUUGGGUGCAUCGAUCAACGGAAAUUCGUCUGCAAGAAAAGGCCGAAAAGGGGAAAGUCGCCCGUCCUAUGAAUUCCUUCAUGCUUUACCGAUCUGCCUACGCUGAACGUAGUAAGCGGUUGCUCAGCCAGAACAACCACCAGGUCGUCUCCAGUACUGCUGGGAAAAGCUGGAAAAUGGAGCCUGCACACGUCAGGGACAAGUAUGAGGAGCUUGCACGGAUCGAGCGCGAAGCUCACUCUCGUGCCCACCCUAACUACAAGUUCAAGCCCAACAAGGGCCCACCCACAACCACUCGCAGAAGGGGCGAACUCACCCCUUCGACUUCAUCAGCGUCAGGGCCUUACGAUGAUACCCCCAGUCCUUUCACUAAUACUUGGGAGGAUGAAUACUCGAUGGUACCCCCUAUACACUGUCGAACCCAAAGCUAUGAGUACGCACUCAGCAGCCGAGCCUCCACCCCCUUCGGCUCCCCCAAUUCCUUCAUGACACACGGUGGCUACUUUGGCUCAUCAUGGAACACAAGCCACCCCGGCAUAGCAUCCGUGCAGCCCCACGCUCUGAACGUGGGAUACGCCGAGGAUGUUCAGCUCCGUCGCGGCAGCCCUAGUUCACAAGAUAUCCAAUACGGAGCCUCAAAUGGCCUUGCCGGACUUCCGGGCGGCACCCACGACGAGCUCCUCCAGCCCCAGGCAGCCCACUCACUACCUGGCCACCUCGCCGACGGUCACAUGGAUCCCCAGCUCCUUGACUACCAGAGCGAUGCCCUGCCCAUCUCGGUGCCAAGCGGCCAGGUCUAUUCCGCCUCAGACUUCCCUCCUUCCGAUUUCACUCCCUGGGAUGAAAUCCAAUCGGUCCGUUCCAGCCCGAUGCAAUAUCCCACCUCCCAUAUGACCGAUGACUACCUCCCAAGCAUGCAUCAUGAUCCCAGCCUUGGCACAUGGAUGCAUCAGCACGGAUCAUUCUAG